CCUAUGGCUGUAAUAUUGGCUUACCAUCAAAACUGAGGGAGCUAAAAGGGUUGACGUGUCAUAACAAGUCUCAGCAUUUUGGUCAUAGAAUUGAAGAUUGAAACUCAAAGAGAGAAAUACACACCAGAAAAAACACGAGUUCGUUUAGCUAUAAAGGAAGCGAAAAGAUACUGUUAAAAAGAAGAACUUCACAAACAUAGACCACCAACACGUAGGUCUGCAGCUCAGCAUUUCGGUCUUCAAGAUGAUUGCUUUUCUGCUACUUGUGACUCUGGUCUGGUCUCAAAGCCACUCAGUGGAUACAAACUCUAAGCCUUGUAUGCCAGCGAAGUACAACAACGCUCAUAAUGUUUUCCUCAAGCGCCAUAUUCCAGAGGAGGUGCCCAAAACGUGGGACAAUAACGCUUGGGAAACUUUCCUGAGGAAAAUUAAAACGUGUGGCAGACCGACGCAGUCGUUCUUCCGUGCCAGCGAGAAACAGCGAGUGGAGAAUGUGUGUACUAAAGCCGGGGGUAAGACCCUGUCCCGUAACCUGUGCAUCAGUAAAGAGAAAUUCUCCUUCGUAACGGUGCGGGUCGAUAUCAACGAAGGCGCGUGUGGGAUCAAAAACAUCCGCAAUGAGACCAAACACAUCAUCCUCGCCUGUGAACAGAUAGGAGAUGCCUGUCUUGUUCGUAAGACAAAUGGAGCUAACUACAGCCCAAAGGCUCUUUUAAGAGCCACAAGCACUGAGGAUCUUUGGCUUUAUAUGGAUACUGAAAGCUUUCGAUGUGAAAUUAAAAAGACAUUACCUGAACUGGAGGAUGAGACGUUGAGGACACUUGCUGCACACCUGAUAGAUGUUAUUGGUGUCAGAAAAAGAGAAGACCUUAUAUUUGUUGGAUCCGAUGAUAUUACUCUUUUUCUGACUCCAAUACAGAGCCGAAAACUCAUCCAAGCUUUCAAAAAUGAAGCAAAUGGGCAAGUGGCCUCAACUUCUUCAGAGGGUCAGGAACCUCAUGUUUCACUCCCCGUACUUAUACUGCCAGAUGGAUUUUCACCCAGUGCCACACAAAUUUCUCCACUCCCUUCUGAACGACAAACUUCCUCAAACCAAAACAAGUCCUGGAUCAGCAGCUUCCAAGUUCCAUGGGACAAAAUGCCAGCACGACUGUUACAGGCAAUGGAAAAAGGUUGCUUGGCUCACCCAGAGGACAGAAGGGUACUGAUUAGAGUUGUUGUUGAAGCAAUGCAAGCACACUGCAAAAACCCCAGUAAAGCAAUUUGUACAGAAGUGGCCAGAUUAAUUGUAUGCAAGUACCCUGGGACUUUUGCUGAUAAGACUGGAGAAGGUGAGCAGCUGGGGUGUGGUUAUUAUUCACUGUUCAGACAGCUUAAAACCAGAGUUGAGCACAUAAAUAGAGACAAUGUCAGUAAUCGAAUCCGACAGCCAAGGAAAAGGUCCAGUGAUGACAGCAGUGGUAAUGAUGCUGCCAUAAAAAGAAGCAGAACAGAUGUGGAUAGUUAUGGGUGUACAAAAUGGCAACCCACUAAUCUUCCACAAGGAGAAACAGCAGAAUCAUUGAAAGACAAGAGAAAGAUCUUGAUAACCAUCUUCAAGUCAGAAGGACCUACAGCUGUUGAGGCAAUGGACGUAGAGAGGAAUAUGGAAUUGACCUAUAUAUAUCAGAGGCACAUGAUAAAUACAUGGCCCCCUCCCAGUCUGUGUGAAGUUGAGGAGCAAUGGCCAUUUCUCUUCACUAAAAGAGGUCUCUGCAGUCAUUUUCAUAUGCUCACUGAUAUUGAUAUUGACACACGCCUCCAUGAAGCUUUCCUCACCAAGGGCAGGAGGAUUAUUAACUUUUUCCUAAAUCAAAGACUAAAAUGGAGCCAGGACAUCCAGGCUUUGCUACGAGAGAUGGAGCAUGAAAGCAUGAACAACCAUCAGGUCCCUAUCGCUGCCAUUCUUCUUUUAAUGAAAUACUUUCAAGAGAAAGAGGACCACAUCUUCAUCUUGACAGAUCCAACCUCGACCAAGAUGUCGGUUGAGCAGGAGAUGACAUUGCCUACCACACCACGGGUGAUCAUGCUAGGGAGUAGUCUGCUGUUUGCAACCCACUGGAUGGUCAGCAUUGAGGGGAAGGUCUUCUAUGAAGCUAACCAACUUCAUAACUUUGCCAGUGCUUUCGCUGUCUUUUUCGGCUCCUUUUAUGUGUUCAAUCUGGAGUAUCAGGAGUCAGCAUCCACUACGCUGGAGAUGGUACAGAGAUUCUUUGUCAGGAUCAAUCCUGAAGAGGGCACAAAGUGCACUGAAAAAUUUGGUAAAAGCCGUAAGACAGGUGGAACUGUACAAAGAAAAGUUGCAACCAUCAACUCCCGGGUAGCAACAUUCCUGCAGACGCUUACGGAAUUUGAAUGGAAGACUGCAAAUUAGAAAGGAAUUGAUGCCACCUGACACCAGUGAUCUGCUGUGAUUGGUGGAGUGGAAGUUUGGAACUGUUUUGAAGUGCAUUAUUAUUGUGAUUUUUAUUUUAUUUUAUUUGUUUUGUAACUUAGUUUUGUUUUAAUAUUAGAUGAGUUGUUUAAAAUAAAAUAUUUU